AUGUUGUCGGGCAAAGACAUGCUGCGUCUGCGCCAGACGCUGGGCUACAAGACAUCUCCCCCAACUUCACCCAGCGGCCCACCCGCGCCACUCUGGCACAUAGAGGCUCCUUCACACUCACCUCCUUCGCCGACUCCUUCGUCCCCAGAAGUACCUCUCCAAGAGCUGCGAGCUAACCGCCAGGAUUCGCCAGUUAAGCGCAAAGCGAACGACCCUCUCCAGGUCGGCUCCCCCAAGCGCGCAAAGCAAGAGAGCCCCGACUCACCCUCUGGCGUUGAGGAUGCCCCGCCCGAACCGAAGAAGCGCGUAGUCCCCUUCCCCGAGAACCCGGCGGCAAUCGAGGAGCGGGAAGGACACAUCGAGUUCCGCGUCGUCAACAAUGACGGACGGAGAGAGAGCACAAUCAUUCUCACGGGCCUGAAAUGCAUUUUCCAAAAACAGCUGCCCAAGAUGCCCAAGGACUAUAUUGCGCGGCUUGUCUACGACCGGACGCAUUUGAGCAUAGCAAUCGUCAAGAAGCCGCUCGAGGUUGUGGGUGGCAUCACAUACCGCCCCUUCGACAAGGGCCAAUUCGCCGAAAUCGUCUUCUGCGCCGUCUCCUCAGACCAACAAGUCAAGGGCUACGGCGCGCAUCUCAUGUCCCAUCUCAAAGACUACGUCAAAGCCACCUCACAAGUCAUGCACUUCCUCACCUACGCCGACAACUACGCCAUCGGGUACUUUAAGAAACAAGGCUUCACCAAGGAAAUCACCCUCGAGAAGUCGCGCUGGAUGGGCUACAUCAAAGACUACGAGGGCGGCACAAUCAUGCAGUGCAGCAUGGUGCCCAAGAUCCGCUACCUCGAGUCCCGCCGCAUGCUCCUGAAACAAAAGGAGUCCAUGCCCCGCCCCGCCCAAUGGGCAAAGGGCGAAGUCAAAGCCAUCGACCCCCUCACCAUCACCGCCAUCAAGAACUCAGGCUGGUCCCCCGUCAUGGACGAACUCGCCCGCGCCCCGCGCCACGGACCAAACUACAACGCCCUGCUCCAUCUCCUCAACGACAUGCAAAACAACAGCAAUGCAUGGCCCUUCCAGCAACCCGUCAACAAAGACGAGGUCCUCGAUUACUACGAUGUGAUUAAAGAGCCUAUGGACCUUGCUACCAUGGAAGAAAAACACGAAAAGGAUUUAUACCCCACCCCCGAGGAGUUCAUACGCGAUGCGAAGCUCAUCUUUGAUAAUUGCCGCAAGUACAAUAAUGAGAGCACUCCGUAUGCCAAGGCGGCGAAUCGCCUCGAGAGGUAUAUGUGGCAGCGCAUUAGGGAGAUUCCCGAGUGGUCGGUGAGUUUUACAGAUGACUAA